CCUUAUUUGCCAAUCAAACGGAGUCUGGAAUGACGUAAGUGAAAAAUCAAACCUUUUUAAGUGCCCUGCAGGUUCUCAUUACUCAUAAGAUUGCUCACUAAUCUGUGAGGAAAGAGAGGAAGGGAGAGAGAGUGAGAGAGAGAGAGAGACAGAGACAGAGAGAGAGAGAGAGAAAACAAGCAAGCAAAAGUCGUAAAUGUGCUUGUUACAACAGCGAGACAUGGCUAACCAAAAGAGCAAGAUUUUUCUUCUAUUUGCGGUUUUAGUUUUUUUGCCAUCAGUCAUUUGCCAAACCCCUGAACAAGGAGAAUACAGAGCACCGUGGACAGAAGAAAAGCUAUUCCAUAAACCCAAAUACCUGACCGCCAAUGAUGUCCGUAAUAUGACAGCGCUGACCAACAUUUCCCAGAUGUGGUAUAAUUAUCUGAGACCAAUACUCCGUGAGAGGUAUCCAGGAUCUAUUGGGAAUGUUGCGGUACGCCAGCACAUCAUAAGUCAGUUAAGUGAUCUGCAGGCCGGCUGGGUCAUUGAAGAGGAUACUUUCCAGGAGUCAAUACCCUAUGGAACCGUCACGUUUUCCAACAUCAUCGCGACACUGAAUCCCUUAGCCAAACGGAGGCUAGUGCUGGCUUGCCAUCACGAUUCAAAAUAUUACAAUGAAUGGUGGUACAGCAGAGUCUACGUGGGUGCCACUGAUUCCGCUGUGCCGUGCGCUAUGAUUUUGGAACUGGCUCGUGCUCUUGACUAUCUGCUACUUCAGAUGAAGAGUAUGGUCGACAGGCCAGAUCUUACGCUGCAACUGAUUUUCUUUGAUGGAGAAGAAGCAUUCCAGUAUUGGUCAGAGAAUGAUUCCCUGUACGGUUCUCGACACUUGGCACAGCAGAUGGAGAGGAUUGCCCAUCCACCGGGCGCAACUGAUACCAACCAGCUCCAUGCAAUUGAUUUAUUUGUGUUAUUGGAUCUCCUUGGUGCACCAAAUCCGAGAUUUCCAAGUUAUUUUCCAAAUACAGCUCGCUGGCAUAAAAGACUACAGCUAAUAGAACGGCGCCUGCAUCGUCUGGGUGUACUGAGUGACCAUCCGACUGAAGUGAAAUAUUUCUGGACCAAAAUGCGUGCUGGGCACAUCGACGACGAUCAUAUACCAUUUCUGCAAAGAGGAGUUCCUAUUCUGCAUGUCAUACCGACACCUUUUCCUCAAGUUUGGCACAGCAUGGAGGAUAAUGAGAUUAACCUCGACCCAACAACAAUUGAAAACCUCAAUAAAAUACUGCAACUGUUUGUUUUGGAGUAUCUGAGAUUGUAAGUUAGUUCUCGGGUUCACAUAGAGUAAUAAUGGUCAUGACAGAGUUAAGUACUUCAAACGAAACGGAUUUCAACCAAUUCAAACAGUAGCCAUUCCCUGUUGCCUUAAAGUAAUUCGGAAGACAUUAUAACGAUAAUGCAACAUUACUCAUCAAAUUAAUAUGUGUUUGUACUUGAUAUGUUCAAUGAAUUAAUAUUAAUUGUUACUAACCAAUUAAUAUUUUAUGCUGUGCAUUUUUGGUAGACAAUGCAUAUUGUAUUAGUUUUUUAAGUAUCUUUGUUUCAGUAAACAUUUGAAACCUUUUUUGGUGAAUUUUGGCCGUAGAGUUGUUAUACACAUUUUAUGUGGGUAAAAGGUGUCGCUCAAUAUAAGAGAAUCAUCUAUUUUGUGUUUUGUAUUAUGUAUCUGGAACAAGGACUGGUAUUGAAGUGUUAUAGUAUGUGGUGUGAAAUCAAUUUAACAAUACUUUGUGGGGGAUAAUUUUCCUUUGGUUUCUGUUUCAAAACAUUUGGUUAUAUUCAACAGAACCAAAUGUGCAGAGUUGAGUAUCACCACCAGUUAACACUUUGGCAUCCAUUUAGUCCGUAAUAAAAGAUGACCAUUCUACCCAAAACUAUGGAAGGAUUCUACCUUUGCAAGCUGAAGAUGAAUAAUUAAAAUACGUACUGAGUUUCUAACGAUAGAGUAGCAUAGUCAGCACUUUUCUAAUAAUAUCAAUUUAAGUGGAGAGCUCCCCUUCCUUGACAGGUCACCCACCUACAGGGUUAAAACUAUUUGCUGCUGCUCAUACUCUUCUUUAACAAUCUAAUCACAUCAAAAAGGAUGUAGCGUUACUUUACACUGUACGUGGUGUAGGAUUUAAUGCUUGGUUACUUAUGCCAAACGUUAAUAUAGUACUGUACCAGAUUCUGAACUGAAUUUAAGAAGAGGGAUAUAAUGCACAGUUAGCAGUAGAUACACACAUUGGAUCUUGUGUGAGUUUUUUUUAAAUCAAGGAAGGGGUUUGUUUUAAUGUAUCUAUAUUUAUGGUUCCAUGGAGGAAACACAUUUUGUUUCAAUUUUUUUGCAUUAAAUAAAUUAGGCUGUGAGCCAAACAUCCUUAUUGGUAAAUUGUUCAAGUUGUUAAAUUCAUUGAUGUUAAGUUAAAGCCAUGGAUAAAGCCAACAUUUAUUACCCAUCAGUAUAUGCCCUUGAGGAGUGGAUGAGAGCCAUCAGCUGGAACUGCUGCAGUUUGUGUGGUGAGAGCACUCCCGCAGUGUCUUUGAGAAUGGAAAUGCAGUAUCUAAACACAGGGAUAAGAAAGCAAUAUGUUUACAAGUGGGGAAAUGGGAAGGUGAUGGUGUUCCUAAAUGCUUGCUGCUCUGGUCCUUCGAGGUAGUACGGUUUGUAGGUCCGUAAAGUGCUGGCAAAGAGAUUGUGAUGAUUUAGUGCAUUGUAUUUUGUAGGUGGAUAUUGCUCAUGGUUAAAAUCAGUGCUUUUUUAGUGAUGGUACCUCUAAAACAUUUAAAAGCUAGAUUUCAGAUGUUUUGCCCAAUGUUUAACCUGCAUAAACUUGUAUAUUUCAAUGGAUAAAUUAAUUAUUAAUUAAUUAUUAAUUAAUUUAUUUUAUUUUUUGAUUGUUUGUAAUCUUUAUCUAAUAUUCAAUAUUCAAACAAUUGAAAUUCGUACAUGCUGCUUGCAAGUUCCGAUACAAAUCUCAAUUAAACGCUCUUGACUCAAAUAAAAAUGUGCUUCUUACUGAUGAGUUAUUCGCAACUUGAUGUUUGAAUAGGUUGCUUUGUAAUGUACGAUUUCAACUCUGAACUAGAGUAGAAGGAUAUCACUUGUCAUUGUUAACCUACUUUAAAUGUGAUAGUUGAUGAAACAAGUUUCUUGCAUACAACUUUAUCUACGUUUAAACUUUUGUAAUGAAGGUACUUAAUAAAUGCACUACUGCAGAAGACAUGAGGUAGCAGGAAAGUAUGCUUGGAGAGCUGGGCUCCACAAGAUUUUUAGUGGAAUGUAGUAGUAAAGAAGAAUACUGGAAAAUAAUCAGUGCCAUCUACUUUAUUGUUUCAAAAUGCUAAUAUCUUCAAAUGUCUCAUUCCCACGACUUCUCAUUCACCUAAUCGAUUUUCCUUUCCUUUUCCCUCCUGACCACACAUUCUUCUUUUGUAAAAAAACAAGUCUCUCUCUGAGAUUGUUCCUUUCCUAAUAACAUAAUUAGGAAUAGCCUGCACCAUAUAUGAAGAGAAUGGCUGAUCUUCAACCUUAAAACCAUUUGCCCGCAUUAUCCCUUUAAUGUCCUGAAUUCUACUAAUUUCUGCCUUAAAUGAGCUUGGUGACUGAAUUUCCAAUGUCAUUUGGAUGGAAAGUUCACCAUUCCUUGCAUUACAAAAAGUCUCAUUCUCUCAGCCUUGAAUGGCUGUGGUCAGAUUAAACAUCAUCACACAUCUAGCCAGCUGACCCAUUUUUAAAAAAAUGUCGGUUUUAAAAAGAUCUUCUCACAUUAUUUUAUACUCUACAGAUUACAGGCCAAGUCGACUCAUUCUCUCCUCAUAUACAGAUCCAUCAUCCCUGGGAUCUUUGCUGUAUGACACUAUGGGAAGUAUAUCCCAUGUUAAGUACAGAGACAAAAACAACACAUUGCACACUAGGUGUGGCCUCACCAAUUCCCUAUAUAUUUGCGGUAAGACAUUUUUACGCCUAUACUCAGAUCCUCUGGUAAUGAAAGGACAACAUACCAUCGACCUUGCUAAUCACAUAGAGUGAGUGUUGAAAGCAUUGACAGGCCCAAAUAGCACAUUCACUGCUCCAUUCAAGGGAUGACAUCUUAAGUAAUUGAAUUAAGUAACUGCCCCAGUUGCUAUGUUAGAAAUUGAACUUGCAAAACCAAAUAAUCGUUGCAGUAAUUUAACCAUAACAUUACCACAGUCAGAAUGGAUAAAUGCAAGCUUUUUAAUCUUUCACCUGAAAUUGCAUAUUUUAAACUAAGGAGAUCAUCUGAGGUAGGACAUCGCAGGGAGAUAGAAAAUAAGGCUUUUGGUACAUUGGCCUUCAUCGGUCAGGGUAUUGUGUACAGCGGUUAGGACGUUAUGUUAUUGUAGUACAAGACUCGGUGAGGCUGCAUUUGGAUAAUCAGUUUUGGUUACCCUGCUAUAGGAACAAUGUCAUCAUGCUGGAAAGAGUGCAGAGAAGCUCUAUGAGGAUGUUGCUAGGACUUGAGGGCUUGAGAUAGAGAGAGGGGGCCUGAGGUAUAGAGAGAGGUUAGGCAAGCUAGAACUUAAUUCCUUAGCGUGCAGGAGGCUGAGGAGUGAGGUUAUAGAGGUAUACAAAUUCAUGAGGAUAAUUGAUUGGGUGAAUGCACCCAGGAUGGGGAAUCAAGAACCAGAGGACAUAUGUUUAAGAUGAGAGGAGAAAGAUUUAAUAUGAACCUGAGGGGAAACCUUUUCAGAGGAGGUAGUUGCGCCAGGUGCUAUAAUAACAUUUAAAAAACACUUGGGCAGGUACAUGGAUAGAAAUAGUUCAGAGGAAUAUCGGCCAAAUGCAGGUAAAUGGGUCUAGCUUACAUGGGGUAUCUUGGUCGGCAUGGGCCGAAGGACCUGUUUCCAUGCUCUAUGACUCCGUGACUAUGACCCAAUCUGGAGGAAAAUGUAGAAAAUAAUGCCUGAAUGUUGACACAAAGUCAGACUUGAUAAAAUGGGACGAGCAAAGAGGGGGCUUGGUUGGCACGGGCGAGUUCGGCAGAGAGGACUGUUUCUGUGCUGUAACGCUCUUUGACACUAAUUAUUUACAAAGACUGUUUUUUACAUUUCUCAAAAGUUUAGAUAUCCUUUCUAUUAUACAGUAACCAGAAUUGAACACCAUGUUCCCGGUGUGACUGGGGUCACCUCCAGAGCUUGCCUUAAUUUCAUCUCUAAACAUUUCACACAGUAUAUACAAUGUUCCAGGGUCAAUGUGGCUAGAUUUUAUCACUUUAAGAACAUAGUCAGGAUCUAACUGAUCAUUGUUUUGCUGUUCACUUCUUUUGAGAGUAUCCAGCUCUGCAUCAUGCUUUAUCAAUUAUUUGCGCUUUCCCUCUUACCUUUGACAACAACAUUUACAACAGAUAGACCACUCCUUCAGCCCACUUGUCCCUGAAUAUAUUAUACGUAUCAUUGUAAGGAUGUAUAUAGGAUCUAACUGUUCCUUAUAUUUGCUGUUCACAAAGAUGUAUCAAGUUAAACGAAUCUCCUCAAAUAAACAGGCAUUUGGAAUUAUUUUCUUUACUGACCCAUAUAAUGUGACUAAAGAAAAUAAUUCCAACUGUCUGUUUAUUGAAUAAUUACUUAUACUUAAGGGAACUGAUAGUGAAACAAUUAACCUUUAUUUUAUAUUAGAGUAACUUAGCAGGUUAGGCAACGAUUUGGAUUGGGACCCUUCCUCAGUCUGAAGAAAGGUCCGAACUGAAAUGUCACCUCUCCCUGUCCUCCAGAGAUGCUGCCUGACCCAUUGAGUUACUCCAGAACUUUAUGUUUUGUCUUUGUAAAGCAGUUCCUUGUUUCUCAACCUUUGUUUUAACUUUUUAUUUUAUUUUAGCAUUUCAUAUUUCCAUUUUCUUGCUCCGUAACUACACAAAAAGGGCUUUUAGGAAGGAAAAUUGAGAAAUCUAAAUUUGAGGAAGUAAUGAGGGGAGGUAAUAAAUACAUGAUUAUCAAGAUAAGAGAAGAAUUAGAAAUGAACGUAAAGGAAACAGACUAUUUCUGCAUUUGUCACCAAUAUUGGCUAAAAUUAGUCAAUAGCAGAGAGGUUUUGGCUUGGAAUUGUGCUCUGUGGUAUCAAUAGUGCAAGAUCACUUUCUUUAAUAUUUCUUUAUUCCCUUCAUCAAAGGAAAUGCAAGAAUCAAGGUCAGGCCUUCAUUAAAAUGUUUUAGGAAAAAACAUGAGGCAAGAAUGUUUAAUUGUCAUGUGUACUAACUACGGAACGAUUAGAUUCUUACGCAGCAAUAUCACAGCAAAUAUUGUUUUUUUUCUUUCCAUGCAAUAGAAUGUACCUUGUAUGUUAUCUGCCAAAUUAGUUCAUGUACAUUAUCAUACUUCAGUAAGUUUACAAAAGCAUUCUGUAUUUUUAUCUAUUUGUGAUAUGCUUGCUUUCCAAAUAAAGGCUUGAUUGUUACAAAAA